CAAAAACAUCAACAUUUGUAUCAAUCUCAAUAAUUGAUUAAUGGCAGUUAAAGGAUCAGUAAAACUUCUGGGUUUCUCAGUAAGUCCAUACGUAAACCGGGUUCAGAUUUCCCUCAAUCUCAAAUCAAUUGACUAUGAAUAUCUGAUAGAGGCAUUCGGCACAAAGAGUGAGCUUCUUCUGAAAUCAAACCCGGUUCAAAAGAAAGUGCCAGUGAUGAUCCAUGACGACAAACCCAUAUACGAAUCCUUAAUCAUAGUACAAUACAUCGACGAGCAAUGGACAUCCGGUCCGACCAUCCUCCCAACCGACCCAUAUCAUCGAGCCAUUGCCCGUUUCUGGGCUGCCUAUGUAGAUGACAAGGUGUUCCCUUCUUUGGUAGAGUAUCGCAAGGCGGCGGAGGAAGAAAAACCGGCUGCAUUGGAGAGGGUGAAGGAAGGGUUUGCUUUAUUAGAAGAAGCUUUUGUGAAAUCAAGCAAAGGGAAGGCGUAUUUUGGAGGGGAGAAUAUUGGGUAUUUGGACAUUGCCUUUGGAAGCAUAUUGGGAUGGGUGAAAGCAGGGGAGAAGAUGGCUGGUUUGAAGUUUCUAGAAGAAUCCAAUACACCUAGUCUUGUCUUGUGGGCUGAGAAUUUCCUUUCACAUGAGGCUGUAAAGGGUGUCAUACCCGAGAAUGACGCGAUUAUCGCUGUUGCAAAGAUGCUAGACGGAUCCAAGAAUUGAAGAAAAUAUGGCUUUGUUUUGCAGCCAUGGCCAAGUCUCAACUUAAAAAUUAAAUAAAAUGGUGUAAUUUGCUUCUAUUUUAAUUGCAGAGUGAGCUCUUUCUUGUAUCCUUAAUAAUAAGGAAAUUUG